AUGCUCCGUGAUUCCAUCGUUCUUCUUCUUUUCAAUGCUUUGCCUUUUCCGGAUCAAGCAUCUUGGUAUCGUAGCGAUGAUGAAUAUGGGCUAUCUUCUAUUCUUCUAGACAGUCCAAGCCCACGAUUUGGACCAAGUCUCACAGAUUCACAUCGCAUCUCUGCACCUUCAAAUGAGGUACAUUUCCAAACAGAAUCUAUCCACGCAGUUGCUCCACUAGAAAGCAAUAACUCGAUAGCCAAUGGAGGCUUGGGUAUCGCUACAGCCAUACAAACAGGAAAACCCAAGAGAAAAAGAAAGCUUUCCGAGAAAGCUCGUCAACAAGAUUCUUUCAAACAGCGAUUGAGACGACAAAAAAUCAAAGAACAAGGUGGUGAAGUGGAAGAAGCGAUGAAAGCUAGACAAAGGGGUUACAACAGAAAAACUCGGCUGAAAGUUCUACAAGAUCCGGCUAAGCUGGCAGAAUUUAGAGCAUACCAUAGAAAAGCCUCUAAAAUGCAGUAUCAGAGGAUGAAAAGCGACCCGGUUGCAUUUGAGGCAUUUAAAAAGAGGAAAUCUGAAAGACAAAGAAUUAAGAGGAUGCAAACGUCGAGAAGUGCAAGAAACAGCCCACGGUACGGAACAGGUAUCACAGAUGCGGAUCCUUUCUCUGCACCGUCGAAUGAGGUACAUUUCCCAACAGAAUCUAUCCACACAGCUCCAUCCUUGGAGUACAACCAUUUGGUCACCAGAGAAAGUCAGAACAUUGCUACAAACUUACCGUCAAAUGAACCUAAAAGGACAUCAAUUGCCAAAAAAAAGCCUUCCGAGGAGGCUCGUCAAAGAAAGCUUUUAAAACAGCGAACAAAACGUCAACAAAUCAAAGACGAGGGUGGAGAAGUGCUUGAAGCUUUUCGAGUUAGACAAAGAGGUUAUGACAAAACGUCUCGCGUGAAACUUCGACAAGAUCCGAUCAAACUCGACAAGUUUAGAAAGUAUCAUAGAAUAGCUUCUCAAAGAACUUAUCAGAGAAGAAGAAAUGAUCCGGUUGCAUUUGCUGCUUUCAAAAAGAUGAAAACUGAAAGAUCCUUAAAGAGGAGGCAAAAGUUGAAAAGCAAAAGUGAAACAUACAAUGAAAACAGUGAAACAUCCAAUUCAUUUCCAUGGGCAGAAACAACUCCAGCCAGUCAGCCUGUCCCUACGCCCUCAAAUCAAGUAUUGGAACCGGUCGAAAAAGGAUCAGUCUCUACCACACCCUUAUUGAAAGAUAAGAGCAGGGCUACUCAGUCUUCUCCUUCAACAGAGAAAGUAAGUCCGAGACGAUCCGAAGCUAGUCGUGAAAAGAAACGCUUACAACAGCGAGUAAAGAGACAAAGAAUUAGAGAUCAGGGUGAAGAAGCAGAUCAAGCUUAUCGAGCUAGACAACAUGCUUAUUCACAGAAAUUUUGGACAAAGGUUCGUGAAGAUCCCGUUAAAAAUAAAGAAUAUAAAAAUCGUGUUAGACUAGCCAGUCAGAGAGCUUAUCAGAAAAAGAAAGAGGAGGAUCCGAUUGCAUUUGCAAAAUUCGUAAAGAUGAAAAGUGAAAAGUCUUAUAUAAGGAAGAAAAGGUUAAAGACUGAAGUGAAAGCCAGCAGGACGACUGAUUUGGACCUUGAGCUGAGGUUGGGUCCAUCGCAAAAUCAGGCGGAUGAAACUGGUACUGUCAACAUGGAUACCAAUAUUCCCAAAUCUCCACAGCAGCCCCAAUUUCCCACUGAGAAGAACGACAGACGCAAGAAAGGAAGGAAGAUUCAACGGCCUCGAAUACCUUUAGUGCGAUCAUCCGAACAAAAGCAAAAUACUAUACCCCUGACAGCAAAAGAAAUGUUGGAGCAAAAACGAAAAGAAGACUCAUUAUUGAAGAGACGAUUGAAAAGACAUCAUGACAAACUGAUGGGUAAGCAGCCGACCGAGAUGCAGAAACAGAGUCACAAGGAAACAGGAUCAGACAGUGAAAGCGGAAGUCUUGACCUUGAGUUACGAUUGGCACCGGCUGUCCAUUUUCACUCUGUAGAAUCAGCAAGUUUUGGAAACACUUUGCAGAAUGAGUCUACAAUUCCUCCUGCGCUGCCGGAAGAGCCUACCACAGAAGACCAGCCUCACACAAGACCAGCUGAGUCGAAAAGAAAGCGUAGAUCGUAUAUAGACAAAAAUCUUCCUGCUUUCGCUGAUAACAAAGAUGGUAGCGAUGGCUUAAACUUGGAAUUGGGAUUAGGAAACUCACAACCGUUUACUUCUUCAGCUGUACGUCGAUACGGUAAUGCAGCCCAGGCUUACGACAAUACAAAACGAAAAUGGCAUGAUCCUCUUGCUUUGACGCUCAAACCACAUCAAGCUAUGAUUGAUGAUGACCGUACACGUACCCCUGCUGAAGAGAAAGAACGAGACUUGGAAAGAAACAGGUUAGGCAUGCGCGAAUACCGGAAAAAGAGAAGCAAGAUGGGUCCGGAAGUGGUGCAAUCGGAUCAAGAUCGACAACAAAUGCAUCAGAAGAAUUACAUGGAAAGAUUACACAAGGAUCCUAAAAAGUUAGAAGAAUAUAGAAAACGCAAAGCAAUGAAUCAACAAAAUUACAGCAACAGAAAGAAAGCUAUGCGACAGGUCAGACAAUUUCUCACACAGGGAUCAAAGCGUGAGUGA